CGCCCCCUACCCGCCUGCCCGCCUGCCCGCCUACCCGCCUACGCAUUGUCCACUACAUCCACUCCUCACCGCAUCCACAAACCCCCACCCACAAUUGCCUGCUGCCUCUCCGUGCUCGCCACGCUCCUUUUCUUUCCUUCCCUCUUUUAUUUCAAACAUGGGUGUCCGGGCUAUGUUUUCGCGGAAAGUCCGCCACAUGCGGCUCUGGCAUCCGGUCACUAUGCUUUGUGGUCUGGUUGCAAUCAUGAACAUUGGUGUCCCCUUCAAAUACCCCAUCUCUCGGUACCUGGGAGGGUCUUACCUGGACUACUAUCUUUUUAACCGGCCGACGGAUGGCGGCUUCCACGACCCGUGGCCAUAUCCAUAUGACCAGGAGGCCGUACUGCACCAUCGGAAGCGCAUGGCCGAGAGUCUCAGUGCCUCCAUCCGACAGAAUGAUCUCAGUGAAGUCCAGAAGCUCACGCUUCGGUCCCAACAAAUGUGGACCGAGUUCCGGGACUCUGUGGCCCAGCAGUUCGUGGAGAAUGGUGACUUCGCCAGUCCGGAGGAGGCCCUCACAUACACCAGUCCCCACUGGUCUGAUAUCAUCAGUCUCUUCUGAGGGAUAUCACCCCCACACGAGUGCACAAGAGGCGCGCGUGUGCAGACGCAUGUGCGCCUAUCUGUGCGCUCCCCCCACAAAUAGACUUCAUAAAUAUGCCC